AUGGAUGACUACCAUGAGAUGGAACUCUCCAGGCGGAGUAUUCAGAUCUCCGACCUGCGGGACGAUUUGCUCUUCCACCGCGACCGCCAUCAAGAAGCAGAGGACCGCACCGCGCAGCUGGAGCGGCAGAUGGCCAAGCAGAAGGCUGAAAUGGCCAUCCGAAAGGCUGCAGCCCAGGAGAUGGAGGCUCAAGCGGCCGCAGAUCAGGCGUUUUGCUUAGAGAACCAGCGCUUGAUUCAAGAAGAUGAAGAGGCAGCUGAAGCUGAAACGACACGUCUCAGGGAAGCUGUGGCGAAGGCCUCGGAGUUGCUGCAGAAGGCCCAAGUGCAGGCCGUGGAGGCCGAGAAAGCUGCAGAGGCUGCGAAGGAGCAGGCCAAGGCACGGGCCGAGGAACAUGCUCAUCACGCUUUGCAGCGUGGAGCAUUGGAGGCCGCCAUUGCGACUGCGACAGAAGAGAUGGAGAAGGUUCAGGACGAUGAGAGCACAUAG